CUAUUUUAUUUCUUUACACUUUUCAUAUAUAUUAUAAUUAUGUCAAGAAGACAAAAGAAACAAUUAGAUGAACCAAUUGAUCCAGAAGAAGAAGAAGAUGAGGAUGAUGAGUUAAUGUCUGAAGAAGAACACUCUGUCAGAGGAUCGCUUGACUGUAAUACGGGAUCUAAAAAAAGAAGAAGGACUGUAAAGAACAAUAGAGCUGAAUUUGAAUCAAGUAGUCAUGACGAUAAUAAGUCAAUUCACAACAGUGAUGAUGAAUUGACACUUUAUGAUUUGAAAAAACAAUUAGAUACUACAUCACUUCAAAUACAACACAUGUCAAAUGAAAUGUCUGAAUUAGCUAAAGAAGUCUCUAAUAUUAAACAAUUACUAAUCGACAUAAAGAACACUGUAAAAAGAAGCAUUCAACAUAGUACAUUAAUCCCAUCAUCAACGUCAUCUAUUUCUACUCACGACGGUGUGCAACAACAAUUACAAGAAAAUGAUCUACUCAUACCCGCAAAAUUUGCCCCCAUUCAGGGACCAUUUCCAAAAUACACCCAGAUGGAUAGAACACUACCUAGGCCCUCUGCUAAAGAGGUAGCAGAGACCUUGGGAGGAAAAGAACAUAGUCUUCAGUUUACUUCGAAUCUUUAUGUUGAUUUAAUUGAAAAAGUGCUGGGUCCACAAGAAGAGAAUCAACAUUUAGAUUAUAGAGCAAUGGUCAAGGAAGCAAUCAUGAUCACCAAGGCAGUUGUAUCUCAUGUAAAGGAAGCACACCGGAUUGACCCUGAGCUUAGAUGGAGUUAUAUUGAUCCAACCGUCAAAUUGGAGACUUACAAGAUAUUAGAAAGCGCAACUGAGCAUCUACUGCCUCUCAAAGUCUGUCUCGAAUAUUGGGGAGCACAUGUAUUGAUCAGUAACUUUUGGGUGAAGCGGAAAAAAUACAACAAGAAACCAAUGAAGGAUACGCCUUCACCUACCAAAAAACCAGAUAUUUCACCUUUUAGUAUUCCAUUUUUAACAAAUCAAUAGGGAAUAAACUGCAGAAAGAAGUAUAUAUAUAUAUUUGUAAUGGUAACUUUUUUUUUUGGUGAACCGCGGCAGCUUGAGUUAACUCAAAUGCAUGAACG